AUGAAAAAAUCCGAUGAAUUGAACAGCCAGUCACAAGAGAAUUCUUCGAUAGCAGUUCAUGGCUUACGCCGUUUUAAUAUACGACAGAGAACAACUCUUUCAAGCAGCAGUACCUUAGGGAAUUGUAAAGAUAUUGAAGUAUCUGGUACCUCAAGGUCUAUGAAUCAGGACGGUCAAAUUUUGAAUUCGUUGCACACUACUGAAAACGACGUGGGUGCAACCUAUUUCCGGAAUCACGAUGACAUCGAAUGGACGAAAAAUGAUAUUUCUGUCCUCAAAAGUGUCAUUAAAAGUAGUUAUAUUGGAGUGGAACCUGGUAGUAGCGCGGAUUCGAUUGAAACAAACCAUAGCAGAGCAGAUGGAGGAACUUCACAACGACUGCAGAAAAUUGUUCCAUGUGGUUAUGCACCCAAUCGCUUCCCAGUAACCGUUACUUCCACACCGCAGUUUUGGCCAAAAACCUGUUAUGGGAAUCCAGCCUAUGCUUUUUCCAAUACCAUUAAUUUGCCUUCAACAAGAAUUAUUCUUGGUUCUUCAUCCAUGACACAAACAGCACUGUCUACAUCCAGUUUUGGUAUAUCGUCAGCCAACGAACAGAUUGAUUAUUCAAAAUCGCCUUCUGCAUCCGAUGCUAGUCCUGGUGAGAAACCCCAAACGCUACUGAUCGGCUUACUUCGUCGAUUUGAAAAUGGUAUGAAUACUUCUCGUGUAUUACAGAUGGAGUGUAAGAAAUUCAGCAAAGUUGAUUUAGGAAACGAAUUUUUCUCUCGAAAAUUAUCUUUUCCGAGACAUAGCGCUGUCAAAGAGUGUGCCGGUGCUAAUGACAGAGAGUUACAACUAGAAACACUCGAUAAAAAAGAGGUGCUAUGGAAAGUACUAACGGUAGACGUGAUGCACUAUUAA